GAAGGGCUGGUGUAUGCUGUAGAGUUUUCUCACAGAUCAGGUCGUGAUCUUCUUAACGUGGCAAAGAAACGCACCAACAUCAUUCCCAUCAUUGAAGAUGCUCGUCACCCACACAAGUACAGAAUGUUGGUUGGCAUGGUGGAUGUCAUUUUCGCUGAUGUUGCCCAGCCAGACCAGACUAGGAUUGUUGCUUUGAAUGCUCAUAACUUCCUGAAGAACGGCGGACAUUUUGUCAUCUCCAUAAAGGCUAACUGUAUAGACUCGACAGCUGCGCCAGAGGCCGUGUUUGCCUCAGAAGUAAAGAAGAUGAGUUCAGAGAAUAUGAAACCACUAGAGCAGAUCACACUGGAGCCCUAUGAAAGAGACCACGCUGUGGUGGUGGGCAUCUACAGACCUCCACCAAAAAAGAAGAAUUGACGGAAUCCCAAGGCAACUGCACAAAAUUUGACCUUCAUCUGCUUCUUAGAAACUUUUUUUUUUUUUGUCAGUUUUGACCAUUGGCCUUUCAUCAUGUCACAACACAAUUACCUUGUUCAUUUUGGACAUACAUUAUAAAAUUUGGGACAGUUCCAUUCAUCCAAAAUUUCUGCUCCUUGUUGAAAAAGUGCACUCGACCUAGCUGUGAGUUGACUUAUGAUUCUGAGUUUUAAAAAAAAUUUUUUUUUUUAACUUGUAACUUUUCUGAAUAUAUAUUUUAUGUUUGCAUUUGUUUUGUUUUGGUUCUUUCCUUCAGAUCCCCCCAAAAAACAUGUUUGUCACAUUACAUUAUUCUAUGAUAAUAAGAAGUCAUGACUGUACCAUCAAAUUUGUAGAUGACAGCAUAUUGUUUCAGUGCCAUUGACAGCAGUGGACGUCCAAAACCAUUAUGACUGGUAGGUCUCACAGUAAUCGCUCAUGUUUAAGCGCCAUUGACGUCGCUGCACGUCCAAUCCAAACAUGAAGCAUUCACAGUUGAAAUGAAUUGGACGUCUAUAGUUGUCAAUAGCAGGUCAAUUCCUUAAGAGGUUCUUGUAAAGCUGUAUAAGUACCCGUAUAACUUUUACAUUGUAAAUAAAACUUGCUUUUCAUGUAGUAAAAU